AUGUCUGGAGCAUCGUUUGUCUGGAGUAUCGCUCGCCUCACGGUGUGGGGAAUGAGCACCGGAGGGCAAAUGUCUGGAGCAUCGUUCGCCUCACGGUGCGGUGCUGGGAAUGAGUACCAGAGGGCAAAUGUCUGGAGCAUCGUUUGUCUGGAGUAUCGCUCGCCUCACGGUGUGGGGAAUGAGCACCGGAGGGCAAAUGUCUGGAGCAUCGUUCGCCUCACGGUGCAGAGAAAGAGUACCAGAGGACAAAUCUUGUGA